GCUCCUCAAGUAGAGGCCAUGGGUCAUGGGAGGAGUCUCAGUCCUUCACAGAGGACUUGGGUAAUAAAACAGCCUGUUAGACUGAUGAGGGAUGAGUACAAUCAGCCUGUGAGCGAGUGACACUCUACGACUGCUUCUGUGACACGGUCUCCUCCUCCUACUCUUGAUGGCAUAUAAAUGAGUGUGAGCACAGUCCUGGAAAAGGAGAAUCAACUGGAUGUAGAGACUUUUCAUUCUUCAAACACCCAUCUUCUAAUAAGACAGGAACUAAGAUAUUUACUUAAACAGGUAGAAGUAGUAUUAAAUAUUUUCAGAACAAAUAUGCUGAACACCGGCACACUAUUUCUAAUUUAUUGCCUUAGUGCUGGGGAAGCAUUUACGACCAAUUCAGAUGCAACAGGAAAGAAGUCAUACCAGAUCCAGAACGGGCCAUGCACCUACACUUUUCUGCUGCCAGAACCGCAGAACUGUGGAGGUCCUUCAAGUACCUUCACCAACCAAGUGCAGCGAGAUGACCUGGUUGACUACGACAGCUCAGUCCAAAGACUAGAACAACUACAGACCAUCAUGGAGAACAACACACAAUGGCUGCAAAAGCUGGAGAACUACAUCCAGGAGAACCUCAAACAAGACAUGGCCCAAAUUCAGAAUAACGCGGUGCAAAACCACACAGUGACCAUGAUCAAGAUUGGGACCAGCCUCCUGAGUCAAACAGCAGAGCAAACACGGAAAAUCACUACUGUUGAAGCACAGGUAAUUAACCAAACAACUCGACUUGAACGUCAGCUUCUUGAGAACUCCAUUUCAACCAGCAAACUGGAAAAUGAAAUUCUGCAACAGAUAAAUGAAAUCCAAAAGCUGAAUAACAAGAACAGUUUUCUGGAAAAACGAGUGGAGGACAUGGAAGGCAAGAGAAAUACAGAGCUAGAAAACUUGGAAGCGGAGAAGGAACAGCUCAAGAAGCUGGUGGAGAAGCAGACUAGCAUCAUAAAAGAGAUGGAGCAACAACUGCUCCGCACCUCCUCCGAUAACUCCGUCAUGAAGCAGCAGCAGCAGGAGCUGACAAAUACAGUCAACAACCUAAUUCACACCAUCUCUGUGGGUAAGCAAGGUAGCAAUCCUGCAAUGAUGCAGGAUGAUCCAGAUCAGUACAAUGACUGUGCUGCAGUCUUCAAGUCAGGGAACAAGGAAAGCGGGGUCUACUCAUUGACCAUACCUGAUACAAAACAGCAGUUCAAGGCCUACUGCGACAUGGAAAUAGAUGGAGGUGGAUGGACAGUAAUACAGAAGCGCUUCAAUGGCCUUGUUGAUUUUCAUCAAACAUGGAAAAAUUACACAAUGGGGUUUGGAGACAUCUCAGGUGAACACUGGUUGGGGAAUGAAAUCAUCUCCAAGUUGACACAAGAAAAACAACAUGUCCUCAGGAUAGAUCUGACAGACUGGGAGGGGAACACAGCCUUUUCAAAAUAUGAACAGUUCUCACUUGAUGGAGAGAAGCAGAAUUACAGGAUACACCUCAACAGCUACAGUGGAACAGCAGGUAAAACCAGUAGCAUGGGACAGCCAGGAAGUGAUUUCAGCACAAAAGAUGUAGACAACGACAAAUGUAUUUGCAAAUGCUCACAAAUGCUCUCAGGAGGUUGGUGGUUUGAUGCCUGUGGACCAUCCAAUCUCAAUGGCGUAUACUACCAGCAAGGACAGAACACUAAUCGUUUCAAUGGCAUCAAAUGGUACUACUGGAAAGGUUCAGCAUAUUCACUAAAGGCCACGACUAUGAUGAUAAGACCGUCAAACUUCUAAGCUUCUAGUCCUAAGCCACAAUAGCCGCUUUUCCACUGUCGGGCCAGUGCGAGCCAGGGCAACGGGCUGUGCUGGGAUAAUAGCCUCGGA